UAAAAUACUUUAAUUAACUGUUUUUGUAUGAGCAGUAAAUAGAUUAAACGGAUUACACGACUUCUGAAGAACACUGCCGAAUAUCUACUUGAUUGUAAAUAAUGUCAGAUUAUGUGGAGGUUGCAAUAACCAGCGAUUCCAGUGAUGAAUUAUGGAACUGUUGUGUGUGGGAUGUACGAACGGGAACCCAUUUACUGUCUUAUAAGGGCGGUGGAGCACCUUGCCAUCAUACUUUUAGUGUAAUCAAUCAACAGUAUUUUCUGGCUGGUAACAUGGUGAAACCUAUGCUUCAUGUAUGGCCAAUGAAUCGUCACGAACCUAUUACAACCAGGUUUAUUCUACCAGGACGAGCUACAGCAGCAGCGGUUUCUCCGGAUGGGAAUUAUUGUGUGGUAGCUGUUCAGGAAGUAAUCUACGUAUAUCUUUUGUUAACUGGAGCAAUGAUAGCAACAAUAUCUAGUCACUAUCUGUCGGUCACAACUCUAUGUUUUAACGAUAGUGGUUCUCAUUUUGUAAGUGCUGGUCAAGACGGAAAAGUACUUGUUUGGAGUUUGUCUCAAGUAGUUCGGGUGUUUCAGAGACAGAUAUCACAAGCCGUUUAUUCAUUUUCGGACCAUGCGCUGUCGGUAACUGACUUGUACGUUGGAAAAGGUCGUAUGAAGGCCUUGCUUUGUUCAGUGUCCUUAGAUCGGUCAUGUAAAAUUUAUGAUUUGACUUCUGGUUCUAUGCUUCUAAAUAUUACUUUUCAAGAAUCACUGACAUCAGUAACGAUGAAUGCUUUGGAAUCAAUUGUUUUUGUCGGAACAAAUGAAGGACCUAUAUAUGCUUUUAGCAUUACUCUGCCACCACGAACUAAAGAAUAUCUCGUUAUUAAAAAACAGCAUCAAAAAAACGUUUUCCUUGGGCAUAAGAAACAAGUAACAUGUAUAUCUGUAUCGCGUGACGAAGAACUCCUUUUGUCUGGAGGAGCUGAUGAGCAAGUUAUUGUGUGGCAUAUCAAAAGUCGACAACAGCUACGUGUUAUUCCUCACAAGGGAAUUAUCACAACUGCCCGAUUUUUGUUGACUCCAAAAGCAAUGUUCAAUCAAGAAACUAAAUUAAAUUUAUCUUUCCAACCAUUUCAAAAGACAGUUUACCCGUUAGAAAAGAUCCAUGAUCUUACCGUAGAUCUUAUUGUUCAAGAAAGUACAUUUUCAAAUUUGGAAUGCCGAACAACUAGUUUUAAUAAUCCCGCGCAGAGCACUAGCAAUCUUGAAGAGAUCUCGAAAUUAAAAAAAGAGAUUCAGCAUUUGAAAAUGAUUAAUAAAGAAAUAUAUGAAUUUUGUGUCAAAAGUAUAGUAAGGUAAAAUCAAGUAAAUUACAAAUAAAA